AUAAAUAAACGCAAUAAACUAGAAAGUGUAGCUGUUAGCCUAAUCCAAUUCCCUUUGAAGAAGCCCAAUCUCAUCAAUUCGCAGCAACUCCAUCACAAAAUACAAAAUGCAGUCGUUGCUGCCGGUUAGCAUCAGAAACAAGUCGGAGUAGCACUGAACUCAAUCUACCGGAAAACUCUUCCGGAGUUAUUUUGUCGCCGGAGCCAGAGACAGCGACAAAGUCCUUCAGAUUCACAAAAAUGAAUUCUGCUCAAGUUAUAGCGUUCCAGCCUGCGAUUUCUGUGAAGAAUUCUAAGUCAUUUGUUAUUCCAAUGAGUGUUAUUACUAGUUUUCCUCGGAUUCAGAGUAUUAGCAUAAGAGAUGAACCUUCGUUUAGAUUGAAAUCUCUAAAACCUCUUCGUGCUGGUGGAAAAGGAAUGUCGGGAAAUAAUGAUGAGGAUUCUCCUUGGAAAUCUCUUUCAAAUGCGAUGGACAAAUUUAAGGGACAAUCAAUAGAAGAAGUAUUACGGAAGCAGAUUCAAAAAGGUGAGCUUUUUGACAACGGUGAAAGUGGAUUAAAGCCACCAGGAGGAGGAGGAGACGGUGGUGGUGGUGAUGGCAGUCCUGAUGGCACUGGUGGUUUUGAAGAUGAUGACGAUCACCAAGUGAUUUUUGCAACCGGUGCCUUAAUAUUUUUGUAUAUCUAUCUCAUCAAGGGCAAGGCGCUUCGAGCUUUAUUUCUAGAUGUUCUGAAGUUUAUAGUUGGCAGAGGUCAGAGUGAACGACUCCAGUCGAUAAUGGUAUUAUUGGGAAAAGUGUACAGGGGUACAAAACAGAAGAAAGUAACUGAUGAGCAGUUUUUGGAGAAGGCCAUUUUGGGUACCCCAACAUGGUGGUAUGAUCCCAAUGAUUUUCGUCGAGCCGUGAAGAAUUACUAUGCAUCAGAUGAAGAUGAAUAACUUUUACAGAGUCUGUAACAUACUCUUUUGCUCUCCCUUUCAUUUGUUUUUCUUCCAUUGAGCUUAAUGAUGCUUUCUAGACAUUGUAUUGUAUCAUGAUGUUUUCACUGUAAUGGUAAUGUCUCUCCUUGAACAUUAUGGCGAAAGUUGAUCCAUGUAGCAUAUUCCACUUAAUCGGAUAAAAGGCUUUGUUGUUGUUGUUGUUGUAA